AUGGAUGAAGAUGAUUCUUUCACUCUUAACCCCAUGCCCCGAACCCCACAGACCGAUUUCAAUCUCACCGAUGAACUCUUGUACAAUGGAUUUUGGUUAGAAGCUACUGAUGGAUAUGACUUUUGUCCAAAUAUAGACGGUGAUUUCACAAAUCCGCAACAAGAGAGCUUCGGCUUCCCAAAACUUACGGUAAAAUCGAAUUUUUCUACCGAGGCUACUCUUAAUAAUGUAGAAAUGGAUGAGUUUUUUCCACCUCAAUCUCAAGACUAUGAAGAUGCCAUUGCCACCCCAUUAGUCUCUUCAACUCAAUCUACAAAGUUAUGGUUUGGGCCAAACAAGAACUCAAUUGGCCCUUUACCCGUGAAGAAGAGAUUAAUGCACGCUAUGGAUUGCCUCAAAGAGUCCAUAAUCGAUAAGGAUAUCCUAGUCCAGAUAUGGAUUCCCGUGAAGAGAGGAGGGCGGCAAGUGCUCACGACUAACGACCAGCCGUUCUCACUAAAUCCACACUGCAAAAACCUCGCAGUCUAUCGAAAUGUGUCUGAAAGUUAUCACUUUUCGGCUGAUGCGAGUGCUAAGGAGUUUUUCGGGCUGCCAGGUCGUGUUUUCUUGAACAGGUUUCCCGAUUGGACUCCGGAUGUUCGAUUUUUCAAACGGGAGGAGUAUCCGCGUGUCAACCAUGCACAGGAGCAUGAUGUUAGGGGAUCGAUUGCCCUCCCGGUUUUCGAGCAAGGCAGUGGCGUUUGCUUGGGGGUCGUUGAGAUUGUGACGACCAGUCAAAAAGUCAAUUUUAGCCCUGAGCUUGAGAAUGUCUGCAAAGCUCUAGAGGCUGUUAACUUGAAAAGUUGUGAAAUUUCGAUUCCUUCCAAUGUAAAGGAUCCAAACGAACCGUACCAAGAUUCUUUGCGCGAGAUACAAAAUGUCUUAAAAUAUAUUUGUGACACGCAUAAACUGCCUUUGGCCCAGACAUGGGUGCCAUGCUCGCAGCAGCACGAAGGAAUCUGCCGAAAAUCGAACGAGACUUCAGCGUGUUGCAUAUCAACAAUCGACUCAGCUUGCUAUAUUGCCGAUGAAAAUGUUAUGGGCUUUCACGAGGCGUGCUCCGGUUACCACUUGCUCAAGGGCGAGGGUAUUGUUGGAAAAGCUUUUGCGUCUAAUCGGAUGUUUUUUGCCGAGGAUAUAAGGACCUAUAGCAAAACUGAAUAUCCACUGGCACACCACGCGAGGAUUUUUAACUUAUGCGCUUCUGGGGCAAUACGCUUGAGGAGCACAAUAAACAAUGAAAGAAUAUGUGAUUUUGUUUUGGAGUUCUUUCUGCAGCAGCUAAAUCAAGAAAAUGUGGAUGGCCCAAAAGUGAUGCUCGACUCGUUUUCUAGUGUCGUACAAGAGAAGUGCCGGAGAUUGCGAGUAAUUACUGAUGAGGAGUUGGCUCGAGAAAGUUUAUUUGGUGAAAAUAAUAUGAAUUUGGACUGGAUUGUGAAUGUGAUGGAUUCAGAGGAGAAGGGUAAAGGGUUAAAUGUUUCGUUAGCUGAUCACGAGGAGAAAUCAGAAGAAGAAUGUAAUACAUGGAAUAAAUAUAAAACAAGCGGUGGGAAUAAACGGGCAAAGAUAAAGAACAGUAUUACCUUGGAAGUACUUAGGCAGCAUUAUGCUGGGAGCCUUAAAGAAGCUGCUAUGAGCAUUGGAGUGUGCCCAACUACAUUGAAAAGAAUAUGCAGACAGCACGGGAUUACUCGUUGGCCGUCCCGAAAGAUCAAGAAAGUCAGCCACUCAUUGAAGAAACUUCAGGUCGUGAUCGAUUCAGUCGAGGGAGCCGAUGGUUCGAUUCAGCUCGAUUCUUUCUGUAACAACUUCCCGCAACUCAUCUCCUCAAAUCCACCAGAAAAAAGCUCCAAUUUGUCGACACCAAACAUAAAAACCAUUGUUCCAAUAUCAGCCUCGAGUUCCAGUCACUGUUUUGCUAACAACUUACAGAAAGGAGAAAGGCUAAAGAGAGCGCAAAGUGAAGCCAAAUUGCACGAGCACAGCCGAGAUAGAGCAGAACAGAUUCUUAUCAGGUCAAAUAGCCAUAAGAAUUUACAAGACGAUUCACCUGUUGAAACUCGACCUGUGACCAAAAAUAACAUCAUUGCACAAAAUGUGGCUACUCUUCGAGUAAAAGCAGCUUUGGGGGAGGAAAAUGUUCGGUUCAAGCUGAAACCGAUGUGGGGUUUUAAGGAUUUGCAGGAAGAGGUGUUUAGGCGUUUCGACAUUGGAAUUGGCAGUGGGUUUAGUUUAAAAUAUCUUGAUGAUGAUGGUGAGUGGGUUCUCUUGACUUGCGACGAAGAUCUUGAAGAGUGUGUCGAUAUACACAGAUCGUUCAAUAUGCAAACCGUUAGACUGUCCGUCAGUCAGCCGCAGCUCGGGAGUUCGUUGUCUUGA